AUGGAUGAAGAACAAAGAUUAGGAUAUUUAAAUAAUUCACAUCAUCAUCAACAUCAUGAUGUAUUUCCUUUAUCAUUUUUACAAUACCCUAUUAAUAUUAUAGAUGAAGAAUCUGGAAGAAGAUUAUUAGAAGAGGAUGAAGAAGAACAGAAUAAUAAUAGAUUCUUUUUCUUUUCAAUAGAAGAUUUGGCAUAUUACUUUUUAACUCUUUUCUUUCUCCUAAUAUUAUCAUUUUAUUUAUUUUUCUUUGCAUCAAUGAUAUUGGAACAAGUAUUUAAAGGACAAUUAAAUAUAGAAUUACCAUUUCCUAUAUUGGGUAGAGAUAAUCCAACAAAAGAACAUAUUCUCAUUGGAGAUGGACCAGUUACAAGUGUUUGUAAUCUAGAUUACAAGGAUUCAAAUAUAUUUUUAUGUAGUUUUAUAUCAGAGAAUGAAAAACCAAUCAAUUGCCAUACAUUUCCCAUUCAUUAUUCAAAUCAUUCUUCCAUUGUACCUUGUAUUUUAUUUAAUAGAGAUCAAAAUAUUCCAAAAAUUCAAUCAGGUUUUGAAAUUAAAUUAAAUUUUACAAAAAAGGAUAGAAUUUAUAAUGAUAAUACUAUAAAAUUAUCAAUUAUAAAUCAUUUGGCAAAUGAUGUUGUAGAUGAAGAGAAUAUUUUAAAUCAUUUGGUAGAAUUCAUCCUCUUCUUCAUCUCCUUCGCCUUCAUCAUCCUCGUCUUCACCAAGAAUUGA